AGAGUCUGACGUAUUGACUUAUAAUACACUUGGGUCGACAACUUCCGUUAAACUUCCGCACGUUAAACGUUAGCGCUAGUAAAGAAUUAAUGCCCAAAAUAUUCAGUUCAGUUGACCGGAUAGUUUGUAAUAUAAUCUGUUAUAAUGCUACCUCUAUCUUUGCUGAAGACUGCACAGAACCACCCUAUGCUGGUGGAGUUGAAGAAUGGAGAGACGUAUAACGGACACUUGGUCAGUUGUGACAACUGGAUGAAUAUAAAUUUACGAGAAGUCAUCUGCACCUCAAGGGAUGGAGAUAAAUUUUGGAGGAUGCCUGAGUGUUACAUCAGAGGAAGCACCAUAAAGUACCUGCGUAUCCCUGAUGAGAUCAUUGACAUGGUGAAGGAAGAGGUGGUGUCCAAGGGCCGUGGGCGAGGAGGCAUGCAGCAGAACAAACAGCAGGGCAAGGGUCGAGGGGGAGGAGCAGGCAGAGGUGUGUUUGGAGGCCGUGGUCGGGGCAUGCCAGGAGUGGGAAUGCCAGGAGUAGGCAGAGGCCAGCAGCAGGAGAAGAAGCCUGCUGGUGGUAAACCUCAGGGAGUCAAGAACCAGCACUGAGGAGAGGAACAGACAGGUCAAAUGUAAGGAACGAGUGUAGUUUUCACAGAAUGACAACUCUCAGUCAGUCAGUGGAGGUCACCUUACACAAUGGCUGUUGUAAUGGCCAUUACUGCUCCCUCACUGCCAUUUUUUAGCCAUGUGUGUUUGACCUCCACCAAUUUGUGAAAUCACAAUGUGAGAACUAUGAAUAUGCUGUGCAGUUCAGAAAGGGCAGGGUUUUGUAGACAGAUUUUUGCCUUAAAGUUUUUGUUUAGUAAUCAAUUUGGGCCACCGUCAGAAACAUGUAAUUAUCGUCCACAAGAACUCAACAGUAACCGAAAUUUGAGAAGUUCAAUGUUAUUGUUUUAUUGUGCCCAGAGCAAUCUACUACGUUGAUUGUACCCAAUUGUCUUCAGUGUAAUAUAAGCUAUGUAAAGCACCCAUUUUUGGCAUCCAUUUUAUGCCCUUGGAAUUUGAAGACUUAAGUUGAUUGUGUUAUGAGGAAAAAUACCUAGUUGGUUAAAGAAAUGUCAAGAAGUCUGGCAGUUUAUUUUCAGAGUCCCAAUUGGGGGUUUCUAAAUGUUUUACUUUUGUGGAGUUUAUUUGCAUAUUGCAACAUGAGACAAUAAUGUUUUAAUUUAGCCUAUACAAAAGAACAUGAGAAUAAAUGUUUUGUUAAAUAUACUGUGCUUGAAUGUAUGAAAGAACAAUAACUAUUGGAUUUGUUUUGAAUGGGUCUACAUACAGAAUGAAAAGGUAUUUUGCUAUGCUCAUGCUAGCUUACCUCUAAAAUGACAAAACACAAUUUGCAUAGUAGGUUUAUGUUCUUGUAUAACUAACCAGCUAUAAAAAUAAAAUGUCAACAUAAACAAUCAAGCAUGCAUAUAACAAA